AUGUUGAGCGACUCGAAAGGUGUGGCUUUGGAACGUUUCUUGAAAAUUGAAAAACGGUUAGAGCAUGAUGUAGAGAUGAAACAACAAUAUCAUGCCGUCAUUCAAGAAUAUUUAGACUUGGGUCACCUACGAAAGGUUUCAGAGGAGGAACUUCGUUUCGAAUCUGAAGGUUUAGCUGAUAGACACACAUAUUUCUUGCCUCAUCAUGCUGUUAUCAAGCAAUCAAGUAGCACAACAAAGGUUCGCGUUGUUUUCGACGGGUCGGCGCGUUCGAACAAUGGAUACUCUUUAAAAGAUGCCUUACUGAAGGGACCUACCAUUCAGGAUGAACUCUUAAGCCUACUUUUAAGAUUUCGUAAACACGAAGUAGCGCUGGUAGCGGAUAUGGAGAAGAUGUAUAGGCAAGUGCGCGUGGAUGCGAAUGAUGCUCGCCUUCAACGAAUCUUUUGGCGAUUUUCACCCACUGACCCCAUCGGAAUUUAUGAAUUAUUAACGGUUACUUUCGGUUUAUCACCUUCAGCCUUUUUGGCAAUAAGAGUGCUUCAUCAGUUGGCGAUCGAUGAAGGACGUGACCACCCAAAAGCGAGUUCAGCACUGGUCAACGAUUUCUAUGUUGAUGACUACAUCGGUGGUACUUCUAGUAUUGAUCAAGCAAUUCAACUACGAACCGAGCUUAACGACUUGGUGUCUAAGGACGGUUUUAUCUUGAGAAAAUGGUGCUCUAAUUGCCCAGUGGCGUUGGCUGGAAUACCAGGAAACCAGCUGGGAACCAAUCUUUCAAUUUUCUUUGAAUCAAAUCCGGUAGAUAAGAUUAAGACUCUAGGCAUCACAUGGGAACCCAGUUCUGACCAGCUUCGGUUUCUUUUCGAGUUCAACAACACAAAUGUAGCCUGGACUAGGAAAAAAAUACUUGCCAAUAUAGCUAAGCUCUUCGACCCACUAGGAUUGAUCGCUCCAAUUGUAGUUUCGGCAAAAAUACUAAUGCAACAGCUCGCACUACUUCAGACUGGUUGGGAUUCUGUAGUGCCCACAACGUUGGAGAAAAAAUGGGUCGAGUUUUACAAUCAACUGGCAAGGCUCUCUGAGCUAAGUAUUGAUCGAUUUGUCUUCAUUUCUGAAUGGAAUGACGUACAAAUUCAUUGUUUUGCGGAUGCGUCAGAAUUGGCUUAUGGAUCAUGCUUGUAUGUCAGGUCCCAAGAUCAAUAUGGAAAUAUUCGCCUCGAGUUAUUGACCUUGAAGUCCCGCGUCGCUCCUCUAGAGAGGCAGACUCUUCCGCGCUUAGAACUGUGUGCUGCUAAGUAG